UUAGCUGUAUCUACAGGCAAUCUAUCUCCAAAUACCCAAACUGUAUUUGCUGAUACACAAAAUGAAUGGAAGCAAGUGCGAAGAAAAGAAGACGACGACCUUAAACAAAUUAUCAACACUUACUUCGCUACUCCUAUUCAACCACCUUUGUAUACAUCUUUUUUAUCUACUUCAAGAACUAAAAUAUUAAAUAAUCAGGAAGAAAAUUAUAAAUCAGAUUUAGAAGAAAGCGAUAAGUCAAUUACCAUCACAGAAGAGCCACA